AUGGAAAAAACAAACAUCACUUUACGAAAACACAAAUCUAAAUCAGUUACAGAUCUUUCAAUAAUUAUCGAUGAAUGCAAUGUAAAUUAUUCGAAUCCUUUCGACACAUCUACGCUAAGUUUACCAAACACUUCCAUCACGGAAAAUGACUACACAAAAAACUUACAACGUCAAAUUAAUGAACAGAAAUUAUUACUGGAAUCUGCUAACGAAGAAGUGGAGCGAUUAUCUCUAGAAAAUAUAGACCUAAAAAAAACUCUAGCCCAAAGAGAAAAUACUCUAAGUUUAAUGAAAAAAAUUGGUAUUUCUGAAAAUUUAGUAAUGUCUUCUCCGGUCAUAAAAAGAAUUAAAAACUUUAUAUCUGUGGGUAAAACUCCUACAAAAACAAAUUCCAUAUCCCCUAAGACAAGUAUUACACAAGUAAUUAAUCUUGAAAACAAAAUUAAGAAACUUGAACAAGAAUUGGAAGAAGCUAACAGACAAAUAGAAAAAUUAAACCAAAAUAUAAAAAAAUUACAGGGUAAUGUAAUAUGCUCCACAACAAAAAAAAGAAGCCAAAGAGUACACCGAAAAUCAUUCCACGUGCACCACAGACCUGACACCUUCGCAAUUUCAAACAAAAAUAAUAGUAAAGAAUGGAAUAAGCUCCAUGAUUCCAACAUACAGCACUAA